AAAUGAUCUGUUUUCACUUACUUUCACUGGUGAUGCACAUCACUCAACAUCUAAUCUAUAAAAAACAAACAGACACACACAGAAUACAGUAGAUACAAGUGCUCUGUCUGGUGCUCUGACUGUUCUCCCAUCCUCAACUCCUACAUCAACAUGGCUCAUCACAGUCACCAUCAAAAUUCAUUAAACUGUCCUGAGGAAAACGAUGAGACAUGGAGUGCGGAAGUCCAGUCUGGGCUUCUACUGACUCCAAAAACCUCUCUCGAUCACUCCAUUGCCCUAAGCAGGGUAGUGGAAGGACAGACAUUUAGCCACCAACACAACCCUAUAGGACCCAGUCUUACCCAGUCCUGUGUAAAACUGACCCAGCCUGAUCAAUUAACCAGACCCUGCCAGCAGGCAUUGUACCCAAACCAGUUUAAUACUAAUAGAAAAGGUCUGGAGACUCAUCAUGGCUGGCACUACCCAAGCUACCAUAGCCGAAGACCUGGUGAAUGUCAAACGAGUAGUCUACCACCGUAUUUGCCCUCUACUGAUUACCACACUUACUUGAGUUCUGGCUAUGAAUUACCCAGUUGGCAUCACUCCUACCCAGGUACAUACAGCUCCAGCCUUAACAGCCUGGAACAGCCUGGUUCGCUGCACUCUUUUAUCGCAUCUGGAUCUUCUGUACACACCAACCAGGUGAUGCCUUUCCCUGGCCUCCACUGUGAGUACAAUGGACAAGUUCCACUCCACAUAGACCCUCAGGAACAUCUCAUCUCCAGGCCUGUAUAUCGGCUGUCCCACAGACAAAAAGAUCCUGAGCUAUUAGGAUAUACACAUACAGGUAACACAAAAAGUGGUGCUGUUUCUUACACACCUGGGCAAAACAGUCUCUGCAGCACACCGCUUUCCCAGGAACAGAGAAAAGUGUUUGUCACAUAUGAGGUGGACAGCGAAGAUCAUCUUAAAGAGGUCAUCAAGUUUGUGGCCUUGUUAAGAAACAACGGCUUUGACACGCAUAUUGAUGUUUUUGAACAGCAGCUCUACAGCGUCAGUAAGAUUGACUGCAUGGAAAGAUAUCUCAAUGAGAAAGAUUACCUGAUUAUCAUGGUUAUAAGUCUGAAGUAUUUUGAGACAGUAACCGGUGCUGGUGUGAGUGUGGACUGUGAUGAGAGGACCUCAAACACUGUGUACAUCCACAAGCAGCUUCAGAGUGAAUUCAUUCAGAAUGGCUGUAGGAACUUCAGGGUCGUUCCUGUGAUUUUUCCUGGAGCUAAAAAGAGUUACGUUCCCCUUUGGCUGCAGAACACACACCUGUACAGCUGGCCCAGGGACCGGGACGAUAUUCUACGGCGGCUCAUGCGGGUGGAGAAGUACAACCCCCCACCUAUCGGCCCACUACCCACCAUCUUCUCCAAGCCCAUCUAACUCAUCAAGAGGCAUUUGGAAUAACAACAACAGUGCAACAGUGUCUUAAAACUAACAAUUAGCCAGCUGUAGGAUGGGACAUUCACAGUCAAUGUAAACAGGUGUAAGAAAAUGCUUGUCAUCAUGUAAAAGAAUAAAUAAAGAUUACAGAAUAGAUGUA